UCUUCCCUCUCCUUCACUUUUUUCAUUGCGCAGGGCGCGUAGGUCCGUCUUUUCCUGGAACGGACUGCAGCAAUGGCGGCCUACGACCAUUCUAAAGUCUCACAUUUCAUCGGCGGGAACUCGCUCGACAAAGCAUCUCCCGGUCGUGUCACCGACUUCGUUCAAGAACACGGAGGUCACACCGUAAUUACAAAGGUGCUGAUCGCCAACAAUGGUAUUGCGGCGGUGAAAGAGAUUCGAUCCAUCCGCCAAUGGAGCUACGAGACCUUCGGGACUGAGCGUGCUAUCGAAUUCACUGUGAUGGCGACGCCAGAGGACCUUAAGGUCAACGCAGAGUAUAUCCGCAUGGCCGACCAAUAUAUUGAAGUUCCUGGAGGAUCAAACAACAACAACUACGCCAAUGUGGACUUGAUUGUCGACGUCGCUGAGCGCGCUGGCGUCCAUGCCGUCUGGGCUGGAUGGGGGCACGCGUCGGAGAAUCCCCGGUUGCCCGAGAGUCUGGCAGCCUGCAAGAACCGUAUUGUUUUCAUCGGUCCUCCCGGAAGCGCUAUGAGAAGUUUGGGCGACAAGAUCUCGAGUACAAUUGUCGCCCAAAGUGCCGACGUACCUUGUAUGGCAUGGUCUGGUAGCGGUAUCGUCGAUACCGUGCUGUCAGAGCAAGGCUUCGUCACCGUACCUGAUAAAGCUUACCAGAACGCUUGCGUCACAACUUGGGAACAGGGUCUUGCGAAAGCGGAGGAGAUCGGUUUUCCUAUCAUGAUCAAGGCUAGCGAGGGAGGUGGUGGAAAGGGUAUCCGCAAGGUGGAGAGCGCUGAUGCUUUCAAAAAUGCUUACUAUGCCGUCGCCGGCGAGAUCCCAGGAUCCCCCAUCUUCAUCAUGAAGCUUGCGGGACAAGCGCGUCACCUUGAGGUCCAGGUCUUGGCCGAUCAAUAUGGAAACGCUAUAUCCCUAUUUGGUCGUGACUGUUCCGUCCAACGUCGUCACCAGAAGAUCAUUGAAGAAGCACCGGUCACUAUUGCAAAGGAAGAUACCUUCGAGAAGAUGGAGAGAGCCGCUGUGCGCUUGGCUAAGCUUGUCGGUUAUGUCAGCGCCGGAACCGUCGAAUAUCUCUAUAGCCACGCUGAUGAUGAGUUUUGUUUCCUCGAGCUCAAUCCUCGUCUUCAGGUUGAACACCCCACCACCGAGAUGGUGUCUGGCGUCAAUUUGCCAGCUGCUCAGCUGCAGGUUGCUAUGGGUAUCCCACUCCAUCGAGUCAGGCAUAUCCGUACACUAUACGGGUUAGCACCCAAUGCUGCCACGGAGAUUGACUUCGACCUGGUAAAACCCGAAUCGAACCAGCUCCAGCGCAAGCCUCGACCAAAAGGUCACGUCGUUGCGGUCCGCAUCACUGCCGAAAACCCUGAUGCAGGUUUUAAGCCCUCCUCCGGCGCUCUUCAAGAGCUUAACUUCCGCUCAAGCACGAACGUUUGGGGAUACUUCUCUGUUAGCUCUGCCGGAGGUUUGCACGAAUUUGCCGACUCACAGUUCGGACAUAUUUUCGCUUAUGGCGAGGAUCGCAACGAAAGUCGCAAGAACAUGAUCGUCGCGCUGAAGGAGCUUAGCAUUCGUGGCGAUUUCCGGACCACCGUUGAAUACCUCAUCAAGCUCCUUGAACUCGAAGCCUUCACCGAGAAUACUUUCACCACCGGUUGGCUUGACUCUCUCAUCAGCAACAGACUCACUGCCGAGAGACCCGAUGCCACGUUGGCUGUCGUCUGUGGUGCAGUCACGAAGGCCCACCUUGCGGCAGAGGCUUGUCUCAGCGAGUACAAGAAGAUCCUGGACAAGGGUCAGGUUCCCGUGCGAGACCUGCUGAAGACCGUCUUCAGCGUCGACUUCAUCUACGAGAAUGUCCGCUAUUCCUUCACCGCCACCCGUUCCUCCAAGAACAUGUGGACUCUCUUCUUGAACGGCGGCAGGACCCUGGUCGGCGCUCGUCCCCUCGCCGAUGGAGGAUUGCUUGUCCUACUCGAUGGCCGAAGCCACUCGGUCUACUGGAGAGAGGAAGUUGGUGCAUUGCGAUUAAUGGUGGAUGCGAAGACCUGUUUGAUUGAGCAAGAGAAUGACCCCACGCAACUGAGGAGUCCUUCUCCUGGAAAGCUGAUCAGAUUCUUAAUCGACAGCGGUGAUCACAUCAAUGCUGGUGAAACUUACGCAGAGAUCGAGGUCAUGAAAAUGUACAUGCCGCUCGUUGCAGCAGAGGAUGGUGUCGUGCAAUUUGUGAAGCAGCCGGGCGUCAGCCUCCAGCCGGGCGAUAUUCUUGGUAUCUUGACGCUCGACGACCCUGCUCGAGUCAAGCAUGCCAAACCGUUCGAAGGUCUGCUUCCCCCAAUGGGUCUGCCUGGUGUCGUUGGGAACAAGACCUACCAACGCUUUGUUCGCUGCUUCACUACACUCAAUGACAUCCUCGAUGGAUACGACAACCAAUCCAUUAUGGCCUCCACUCUCAAAGAUCUCGUUGACGUCCUUCAUGAACCCGAGCUUCCAUAUUCAGAGCUCCACGCAAUCCUUGCGUCACUGUCUGGCCGCAUUCCUGCCAAACUUGAGGAGAGUGUCCGCUCAGCACUGGACGUGGCCAAGUCAAAGGGGGAUACUCUUGAUUUCCCUGCCGUUCGCAUCAAGAGAGUCAUCGACCAUUACAUACAGGACAACAUUCUCGCCCCUAACCAGACCAUGUUCCAAAACCAGCUGUCCGGUAUCUACGACGUUCUCGACCGUUUUACUAACGGCUUGAAGGGUCACGAGGUUAUCACGAUAGCCAAGCUCUUGUCUCGUUAUGAAGAGACGGAGAAGCUCUUCGGCGGUAGCAUUGAGGCUCGUGUGUUGAGCCUUCGCGAGCAGAACAAAGAUGAUUUGGACAAGGUUGUUGCAACCGUGCUCAGCCAUACGAAGGCUCAGAGCAAAUCCAAACUUGUCCUAGCUCUUAUUGACUACGUGAAGACGAGCGGACUUCCUGUCUCAAACACCGAAAGCCCCUUGUAUCAGGUGCUGAAUGACCUCGCCGCGCUCGAGUCCAAGUCAUCGACGUCUGUUGCGCUCAAAGCGAGAGAAGUUCUUAUCUAUGGACAGAUGCCUUCUUACGAGGAGCGUUUGCAUCAGAUGGAGGGAGUGCUCAAAACCUCAGUCAGCGCCAGCUACUACGGUGAACAAGGUGCCCGUAGGACCCCUUCUGCCGACACUCUCAGAGAACUUAGUGACUCACGUUACACGGUUUACGACGUGCUGCCCGCAUUCUUCCUUCACAAGGAUCCCCUUGUCACCCUCGCUGCCUUCGAGGUGUACGUUCGCCGCUCAUACCGCGCUUACUCGCUGCUUUCGAUUGAUUACGAGGAGGGUGACGGUCUUGACGAUGGAGAACUGCCUAGUGCCGUGACGUGGAGAUUCAACUUAGGGCAGUCACAUUCUCCUCCUGCUACGCCAGGAAUGAAUGCCACCGCUGAUCCGCGUCGCCAAGGAUCUGUCAGCGACUUGUCCUAUCUCAUUAGUCGCAGUGUGUCUCAGCCUGUCCGCAAUGGUGUUAUCGCCUCCUUUGCGGAUAUCAAUGCUCUGACUCGUGGCUUCGAGAAGGCCGCCAACUUGUUGCCAGCCUUCGAUCCAGAGGAACACAAUCAGCGUUACAACACCACAGAGCCUCCCAACGUCAUGAACCUCGCUUUGCGCAUCUUUGAACAGCCUGGUGAUUUGUCAGAAGAAGCCUGGUCAGAACAGCUCAGCCAAUUCAUCAAUGAGAGGAAGUCUAUCCUUACGCGCCGCGGUGUCCGCCGCGUCACCUUCCUUGUCUGCCGCCCAGGUGUAUAUCCGAAGUACAUCACGGUUCGCGAGUCGGACGGAGAGUGGGUUGAAGAACAAGCCAUUCGCAACAUUGAACCUGCGCUGGCCUUCCAACUGGAACUUAGCCGCUUAUCUAACUAUAACCUCCAGCCCCUCUUCGUUGAGACGAAGCAGAUUCAUGUCUACCAUGCCGUCGCUCGCGAGAACCAGCUCGACAACAGAUUCUUCAUCCGUGCGCUCGUUCGUCCUGGUCGCCUCCGUGGUACGAUGAGUACUGCCGAGUAUCUCAUCUCGGAGACUGAUCGUCUUGUCACCAAUAUUCUCGAUGCUCUGGAGGUGGUCUCCGCUCAAUAUCGCACAGCCGACUGCAACCAUAUCUUCAUGAACUUCGUUUAUAACCUUGCGGUUACAUAUGACGAUGUCUUGGAGGCUAUCUCUGGCUUCAUCGAGCGCCACGGCAAGCGUCUCUGGCGUUUGCACGUCACUGGGUCGGAGAUUCGUAUUGCCCUCGAAGACAACGAGGGUAACGUUACGCCUAUCCGGUGUGUCAUCGAGAACGUGUCGGGCUUCGUCGUCAAAUACCACGGUUAUCAGGAGAUCCUGACUGACAAGGGAACCACCAUCUUGAAGUCCAUCGGUGACAAAGGACCCCUCCACCUCCAACCCGUUCACCAGGUAUACCCCACUAAGGAAUCGCUGCAGCCCAAACGGUAUCAAGCGCACAAUAUUGGGACAACUUACGUCUAUGACUUCCCCGAACUUUUCUCCAAAGCUCUCCAAAAUGUCUGGAUCAAGGCCCGAGACCUCAGUCCGUCAUUGGUCCUCCCGAAGAAGUUCUUGGACUCCAAGGAAUUGGUUUUGGAUGAGGACGACAACCUCGUUGAAGUCGACAGAGCUCCAGGCAACAACACUUUCGGUAUGGUUGCGUGGGUGUAUACCCUAUGGACCCCAGAAUACCCGCAAGGUCGUAGCGUCGUCGUCAUAUCCAACGACAUUACGUACAAGAUUGGUUCUUUCGGCCCUAUCGAAGAUCAGUUCUUCUACCUUGUCACCAAGUAUGCCCGCGUCCACGGGCUACCCCGCAUUUAUCUCUCUGCCAACUCUGGAGCCCGCAUCGGACUGGCUGAAGAGAUCAUGCAUCUAUUCUCAUGCGCGUGGAAUGACCCCCAGCAGCCCGACAAGGGCAUCGACUAUUUGUACCUAACGAGGGAGAGCUACCUGAAGGUUGAGGAGAAGGCAAGCGGUGCCGUCCGUACUGCUGAGAUUGAGGUAGACGGAGAGAUGAGAUACAAGAUCACCGACAUCAUCGGUUUGCAAGAUGGCCUUGGUGUCGAGUCUCUCAAAGGCUCCGGUCUGAUAGCCGGAGAAACGUCGCGCGCCUACGACGACAUCUUUACUAUCACUCUAGUCACCGCUCGUUCCGUUGGUAUCGGCGCUUACCUCGUUCGUCUCGGUGAACGUGCUGUACAGGUUGAAGGCCAGCCUAUCAUCUUGACUGGUGCAGCGGCCCUCAACAAGGUGCUUGGCCGCGAGGUCUACACCUCCAAUCUGCAGCUUGGUGGCACCCAGAUCAUGUACAAGAACGGUGUCUCCCACCUCACCGCAAGUAGUGAUCUCGAAGGCGUUACCCACAUCCUUGACUGGCUGUCUUAUGUGCCAAACAUUCGUGGCGAACGACUUCCCAUCCGUGAAACGCCGGACUCAUGGGACCGUGAGAUCGGAUACACUCCACCAAAGGGACCCUACGAUCCCAGGUGGUUUAUCGGAGGCAAGACCGACGAACAAUCGCCGCUGUGGGCGUCUGGCUUCUUCGACAAGGGAUCGUUCCAAGAGACUCUGAGCGGAUGGGCGCAAACUGUGGUCGUCGGUCGUGCUCGUUUGGGCGGUAUUCCGAUGGGAGUUAUUGCAGUCGAGACUCGCACUAUCGAACGUAUCGUUCCCGCCGAUCCGGCCAAUCCUGCUUCCUUCGAGCAGCGCGUCAUGGAAGCUGGCCAAGUGUGGUACCCCAAUUCAGCUUACAAGACCGCCCAAGCCAUCUUCGACUUCAAUCGCGAGAGCCUUCCCCUCAUGGUCUUCGCCAACUGGCGUGGUUUCUCUGGUGGUCAGCAGGAUAUGUACGAUGAGGUUCUCAAGCAGGGUUCCAAGAUCGUCGACGGUCUUUCAAGCUACAAGCAGCCAGUCUUCGUCUACAUUGUACCCAAUGGUGAACUUCGUGGCGGUGCUUGGGUGGUCCUGGAUCCCUCUAUCAACAUGGCCCAGAUGGAGAUGUAUGCGGAUGUUGACGCUCGCGCAGGUGUCUUAGAACCCGAGGGUGUCGUCGAGAUCAAGAUGCGGCGCGAUAAGAUUCUGACGCUGAUGGAGCGUCUCGACUCGUCGUAUGCCGCUCUCAAGGUGAAGAGCAAGGACACCUCCUUAUCAGCUGAAGAUAGGGCCCAUGCUUCUCAAGCCCUUUUUGCCAGGGAGACCUUGUUGCAGCCCACGUAUAAGCAACUCGCCCUUCUGUAUGCCGAUCUCCACGAUCGCUCUGGCCGAAUGGAGGCCAAGGGCUGUGCCAAACCCGUUGUUUGGAAAGAUGCGCGCCGGUUCUUCUACUGGGCCCUCCGCGCGCGUCUCGCUCGUUCCAAUGCUCUCGCAAAAAUCGCGGAAAGUAGUCCCGAGUCUGAGCCUGAGUAUCACGCUGAAGUUCUCGAUUCCCUCGUCCCUGUCGACUCGUCGGACAACCGUGUUUUGGCGGAGGCACUCGAGAAGCUUGAUCUGACCGAGACUCUUGCGAAGCUGAGGACGGAUAGCUUCCUUCAUCGCUUCGCUGAAGUCGCUCAGUACAAUCGCAAAACAACCCUUGAAGGCCUCGCCAGGCUUAUCGAUACCCUCUCGGACGAUGAGCGGCAAGCAGUACAGUCCGCAUUGCAGUCAGGCAACCGAUCACCAGGCCCUCCUUCCUACUCCACCGCGUGACUUCCUUUCUCUGGGCUUAUGUCGUUCUUUACAUUACAUCACUGAGUUUUUCACGUCGUAUAAGAUUACGAUAACCGCACGUCAUUGAAUUACAUGUAUCAUUUGUCGCAUACCUCACUUAUAAUAUGAUAACAUUGUUGUGAUAUCCCACAUCACACCUUGAUUUCGAACCGCC